CCAUUGGUAUGCGUGAGGCGUCCCGUCUAUUGAUGAUCUCCAUUUUAUAUGCGCGAGAGGUGUGGGCUCCGUAUUGGUAUGGGCGAGAGGGUGCGAGUGCAGUUGUGCGUGCCUCCGGAUCGGUAUGCGUGGGCGCUCGCCCGUUGGAUGCGGGAAGAGAGGCAGCGGAGCCGGACGUGCCACGGAGGGAUGCCUGCCUGCGCCUGGUGUUUUAAGAAGCCGGCCUGAUUUAUUGCCUCUUUGUUUACAAGAUAGGUUCUGGAGGUUUGAAUUUGUUGGUAAAUCGGAACAGGUUGUGGCUUUCCCUCGAGGAGACCAACGUCAACAAGAUGCUCUGACGCUGAGCUCCCAAAUCGGAAGGUUCUCGGAUCACGAUGGCGGCUCUUUACGGCAGCGAAGUCAAGUGCGUCAGCGUCGAAUGGGACUUUCUGCAGGGCCUCUUGGUCAAGAACCAGCCCGUGCCCUGCCUCCAGGCCCUGCGGAAGGAGAAGUCCCGCAACGCGGCCCGCUCCCGCCGUGGCAAGGAGAACUUUGAGUUCUACGAAUUGGCCAAGAUGCUGCCGCUGCCCGGAGCCAUCACCAGCCAGCUGGACAAGGCCUCCAUCGUCCGCCUCACCAUCAGUUACCUCAAGAUGCGGGACUUUGCCAGCCACGGAGACCCCCCAUGGAGCCUGCGGGCCGAAGGGCUUCCCCCACCUGGCAAAGCUUCCGGACGGAGAAGCCUGAACCCGCUGCUGACGGAGCUCUUCGAACAGCACCUGGGGGGCCACAUCCUGCAGUCCCUGGACGGCUUUGUGUUUGUGUUGAACCAAGAGGGAAAAUUCCUUUACAUCUCGGAGACGGUGUCUAUUUACCUGGGGCUCUCGCAGGUAGAACUGACGGGGAGCAGCGUCUUCGAUUACGUCCAUCCCGGAGAUCAUUUGGAAGUCGCCGAACAGUUGGGUUUGAAGGCGCCGUCCGAUCCGUGCCGCUCGAGUCGCCACAAAGCCACCGCCUCUUCUUCUGGGCUGCCUGAGGCUUCCGAAUCUGAUCUCCCCGGCCCGAGGCUUGCAGAAGCCGAUGCCUUGGAGCGCUCCUUCUUCGUACGCCUGAAGUCCACCUUGACCAAGAGAGGACUCCACGUCAAAACAUCUGGAUAUAAGGUGAUCCACGUGACAGGGCGCCUCCGCCCGCGGCUGCCGUCCUUCUCGCAUUCGCACCCGGGUCCGCGCACGUUGGGCAUGGUUGCGCUGGGACACACGCUACCCCCGUCCACCCUCAGUGAAGUGCGCAUCGAGUGCCACAUGUUCGUCUUCCGGGUCAACAUGGACCUCCAGAUUGUAUACUGCGAGAACAGGAUCAGCAACUAUAUGGACUUGUGUUCCUCGGAGCUGGUGGGCAAAAGCUGUUACCGCUUCAUUCACGGCGAGGAUGUGGAAGGGAUCCGCCAAAGCCACCUGGAUUUGUUGACUAAGGGACAGGUGGUGACCCAAUAUUACCGAUGGCUUCAAAAAAACGGAGGCUUUGUUUGGAUCCAGUCCUGCGCCACCAUUUCGGUCAAUGUCAAGAACCCGAGCGAGAAAAACAUGGUUUGGGUGAACUACAUCCUCAGCAAACCCGAAUAUAAGAACACUGUGCUGGAUGUCUUCCAAAUGUCCGGGAUCCCUGCGAAGCCGGCUGAUAAAACUGAAGCCAGCACAGAUUUCAAAGACGGCGGCCUUACGAAAGAGAGCGUCCAAGGGAAGCUUUAUAAAGCAGGGACAUUGGAAGAGACUUACCCGAGGAAUGGGGCAGAAGCCGGAGCCGAUUGCCGUAUGAUGGAAACCGAUUCCAGUGGCACGGAAAUGAACUAUCGCGAGGAAGAGGCCUCAGAAUGUAGUGAUGCAGAAGAGCCUCCAGGAAAACGGAUCAAGUUGGAAUUCCAGCCGGAGAGCCCACCAAAAGAUGAUGAUGAUUCGUUGCCCAGCUCUGAGGAUUCGGACAGCGGCAGUGAAUCUGAGUUGGACCUCCUCCCGCAGCCGAGGGGGGCUUUGGUCAAGAAGGUCAAUGGCUGCAAGGCCAGACGGCGGAAGAGCCUCCACUCCAGCCGCCCCAGCACUUCAGAGUUCGCCUCGGUCAUCCAGACCCAGAAGAGUUUGGCCCCGAAGGCCAACCCAGCACUUAGCAUCAAGUCUGAGCAGGUUCCUGGUGCCAAAGGGGGGCCCUGGAUCUGUCCUACUGCCCCAAAGGGUGGCCCUUACCCUGUGAACAAAGCACUUAACCUGGAGAGGCCCACUCCGAGGCACGCCUCGUCCCAUUUGUACGUCUCCAUCCCUGACUCGGUGCUCACUCCGCCGGAAAUGGAGAGCGGAGCAGUGAAGGGGCCGUUUGGGACCUCUCCCCGGCCCAUUGCGACAAACGCUCCUUCCUCGACAGAGACCCUUUCGCCCCCGCUCUCGGGCUCCCCCUGCGAGGAGCGGGUUGCCUCCACCCCGUUCACCCCGCUGGUCUACCCGGCAGAGAUGGAGGUCCUCCAGCGCUUCCACGCCAGCAACGUGGUGGUGCCACUAGUCCACCAGCUCGGCAGCCCACAUAGCGGCACAGCAGGCUCCCAGGGCCUCUACACCACCAGCACCAUUCGAUACGCCCCUGCCGACAUGACGCUAGCCAUGCAGAGCAAUGUAUUGCCGCCGGCCCAUCCACUCAGCCUCAUGGACCUGGGCGGUGCGGAGGCCAAGACCUCCCGGGAACUCAUGUACCACCACUUGCAGCGGCUGAACAUGGUUGCGCCCUUUGGGAACUCGAUUUCGGGUGGGACGUUCACGGCCACAGACUCCCUCUUUUCCGCACUGCCCUUUUCGGUGGCCAGCAGCGGGCUCCACGGCACUUCAGCUCUGGAACGCAAGGAAGAUUGAGGAUGAUGUGAUCCAUUUGGUGUCUCUGCCAUAGUCAAACUCAAGCGAUAAAAAGGUCUUGCACGAGCUUUGGUACAACGGCUCAGCGCUGUGCCAAUGUGUUCUGGAAACCAGGAGGCAAAAAUCUUUCAUCCUCAAAAAUAAUUAUCUGCCUUCUCGCUGUAGUUCUACAGAGAAGUGUGGACAAAACUACCUUCUCCCUCCUGACCCUUGCUUCGCAGGCCCCCAAACACUCCAAAUGCUGCUGUUUAAAGUGAUGUGAUAUAUGGAGUUCAGGGGUUAACCCAUUGUAAACAGGACAUGGGAUUGGUUGCAACCUUUCCGGGAAAGAUUUUAAGCAGAGGAAACUAUUUGUUGUCCUUCUACUACUACAGGUCCAACUAUUCUUCCAAUACUGCCAUUGGGGAACUGGCCACAGAGUGGUGGAUAGGGAGGCAUUACGUUCAGGCCUUCCUAUGCUAACUACCCUGCCAGCCCAAAUAUAAUAUGUAGAUUGCAAACAUAAAACAGGGCGCUGGUAUCCCUGACUCUUCUCGUCCCGUACUCUUACAUCAGCACUUAAAUGUUUGCUUCUGUUCAGUCCACGUUGCCCUGUUCCUUUCAAUGUGCCCCAGAGAAGACAUCCUGCAUUGAGUAUGGAGGGAUGACAAAUAAGGUGGAUGUUGUAAGUGUGUGUGAAUGGGCCCUUAUUCUGUGUCCUUUCUGGCAACACCUCUCCCUUGGGCUCGCACUUUUUGGGAUUAGUUGCUCAUCCUUUUAUCCUUUGGUCGGAAGGGGGGGGGGUGACUUACUGCCUUUGCCAGCAACACAUGCUUGAAAUUCUCUAGUGAAAUGUCCAUGUCAGAAUAUUAAUGAUACUUAUCUGGAAGUGAAAGGAUGCAGUGGAGAUGAAACAAAAACUGAAAAGACAGAUGGAUCACAGCUAAGGCCUCUCUGGUCCACUAUUUGGCCAGGCAGAUGCUUCUUGGAAGCCUACAAACAGGACAUGAAGGGCAUCAUCACACCUUCCUAUUCAUGCUCCCUUGAGUCUUAUCAUAGAACCACAGGGUUGGGAGGACCGUCAAGUCCACCCCGCUACUCAAUACAGACUCUCUAGGUAAAACAUUCCUCUCUUGGAAGAUCUCUAAUGGAGGAGACUUCACCACCGCUGUAGGUACUCUAGCUCCAUUUAACAAACUGCUCUUACUGUCAAAAAGUUCCUUCUAAUAAUCAACUGAAAUCGAUUAUCCUGUAACUUAAAACAAGUAGAACAGAUCCUAUUCUCUGUGGAAAUUUUUAAAAGACAUUUGUGUAACUCCUUAGUCUUCUCAUCACCAGGCUGGACAAGCCCAGCUCCUUCAACUUUUCCUUUUCUGUUUCAUUCUCCAUACCUCUUAUAUCCUCCUCUGAAUCGGAUCCAACUUAGAGUUGGAAGAGACCAUGUGGGCCAUCUAGUCUAACCCCUGAAAGAUGGUCAUCCCGCCUCUGUUUAAAAGCUUCUAAGGAAGGAGCUUCCACCACACUCCAAGGCAGAGUUCCACUGUUGAACAGCUUUUUUACAGUUUUUUUUUACCCUUCCUCGUGUUCCGGUGGAAUCUCCUUGUCAUUUGAACCCAUUGCUCCUAGUCCUAGUUUCCAGAGCAGCAGAAAUAAGCCUGCUCCCUCUUCCUUUCAUAUAUUUAUACAUGGCUAUCAUGUUUCCUCUCAACGGUCUCUCCUCCAGGCUAAACAGACUCAGCUCUUUAAGACACUCCUCAGAGAGAUUCAUAGUCUCCAGAUCUUUGAUCACUUUUGUCACCAUCCUCUGGAGCCCUUCCAGCUUAGAGUCAAUUGGACAGUGUUAUUCCAAGAGGUCUGACCAAAGCAGAAAAGAAAGGCACCAUGACUUCCCUUGAUAUGGACACUAGGCUCCUUUUGAUGUAGCCCAUUGGCUUUUUAGCUGCUGCAUCCCACUGUUGGCUCAUGCUCAACUUGCCCAUGAAGACUCGAAGAUCUUGUUAAGCCAGGCGUCACCCAUCCUGUAUCUUUGCAUUUCAUUUUUUUCUGCCUAAGUGGUGUAUCUUAACUUGUUAUUGUCCUCCUCAAGACAGGUUGCCCAGGACUCAUGACUCAACAGCAAGCCACUGAUGGAGGUGACCUAUUAAUCGUGACGACCAAGAGCCAUUUCAUCUUCCAUGAAAGUAUUUCAUUCUACCUUGAAAGACUUCCGUGUUGGUUGCAAUCACUGUAUUUUGUGAAUUCCAGAGUUAAGCACAUUCGUUUUAUCUGUCCUGAAGAAUCUCCAACUUAUUUGGGUUUUUUGGAUGACGUUCUCAAAGAAAAAAAGCCAUCUUUUUCUCUGCAUCAAGUGUCAUUUUAAUGUACCUCUUACUAGUUUUCCUAUUCCAAUUAACAGAUAACACCUUUUUUCUCUUUAUUUAUCCAUCAGCAGUGUUUAACUGUUGUCAAACAUGGACGCUUGACCUUAAGUCCUAGAUGUUGGUGAGAGAACAAAUGCUUGCUUCCAUUAUCAUGCCCUGUUUGUGAGCUGCUUGCAGUGUCUGCUUCGCCAUUCCUGGGAACAAACAUCAUCAAGGUUGCUCCUUUUUCUCCUAUCUUUGUGCAGAUUCGUAUCCGCUUUCAGAAGAGAAGUCUAUGUCUUCCCAUCCCACCCUCAUCCCCCUUGGCACAAGAAGGCAGGAGAAGAAAAGGGUGAAAUGACAGCACUUAAAAGGGGUCCUUAUUUUUUAAACGUAUGCCAUAAUGUUGAGCACUUAUUCAAAACUAAAAAUUGUACAAUUCGGUGGAGAACGGACAGAGUAGCACUUGAAAUGCCGCUGUGGUCUUUAUUUUCUGUAUAAUCGGUCGCUAAAGAUCCGUAUGUGUGUGUAUAUUUUAUUUCCCUACUGUUCUCAUUGGAUAGAUGAAUGUAGUUCCCACUCUUCACUUGUUGACGUUUUGCUGCUUCUUUACGGCAAUUUGGGAUUUCAGAGGAAAUAAAGUAUAAAUGGACUCAA